AUGCCACCGCCCGCCGUCUUCACCUUCUCGUCCGAUCCGAAGCGUACUCGCUUGAUCUCCGUGAUCGCGGCGACCGUUAUAUCGCUGGCUUGUGGGACAAACUAUGUCUACUCAGCAUGGGCUCCGCAGUUCGCUCAGCGGCUACAAUUGUCCGCGACCCAGAGCAACCUCAUUGGAACAUUUGGCAAUCUGGGUAUGUAUGCUAGCGGCAUACCGCUCGGGAUAAUGGUCGACGCCAAGUCACCACGCUGGGGCGUAGCAUUGGGAAUAGUAUUAUUUUGUGCAGGAUACUUCCCCAUCGCACAGGCGUAUGAUGCGGGGCCAGGAGCCUAUAGUAUGCCCGUGCUAUGCCUCUUCUCCUUCUUCACCGGAGCUGGCAGUUGUUCGGCAUUCACUGCCUCGAUCAAAGUUGCUGCUGUCAACUACCCUGAAUCUCGCGGUACGGCGACCGCGUUCCCUCUUGCUGCUUUCGGCCUGUCGGCGCUCUUCUUCGCUGUCAUCGCACUGGCUAUACCUCACGACACCUAUAGCUUCCUGGUCCUACUCGCUACUGGCACAGUGGCUUUGCCAAUCUUGUCCUUCCCUUUCCUCAACACUAGCCCUCCUCACAGCUACUCAGCCAUCUCACGACGAGCUCGCCGGCGCAAAUCAUCCGCGGAUGAGGGGCCUGUGAUUGAUUCGCCCUCAGCACCUCUCUCGAGAUCUACUUCGCCCCCACCCUGCGCUGCGGACGAUGAUACGGCCGACACACCCUUCCUUUCAGAUGACGAUGAAGCUUCGCCGGAGGAUCUGGAGCGAUCUAAGACCUCCGAGCAAUUCCAACGCGAGUCGCCCGACUACAGGCAUCUGGACGUCCGAGGCUGGUCCCUCGUCUACCUCCCGCGCUUCUGGCUCAUUUUCUGCCUCCUCGGGCUCCUGACAGGCAUCGGCCUGAUGACCAUCAACAAUAUCGGCAACGUAACAGUCGCGCUGUGGAAACAUUCGGACCGUGACGUCGCGCCCAGCUUCAUCACCCGCACGCAGAGCAUGCACGUCUCCAUCCUCUCCUUCUGCAGCUUCUGCGGCCGCCUCCUCUCCGGCAUCGGCUCCGACUACAUCGGCCGCAAGUACCACGCCAGCCGCUUCUGGUGCCUCAUCGCAUCCAGCGCUCUUUUCUGCGCCGCCCAAUACGUCUCCAUCAUCCUCGAAAAUCCCCAUCUCCUUAUCCUGAUUUCAAGCAUCACUGGUGUCGGCUAUGGUAUGCUGUUCGGCGUCUACCCCUCCAUCGUCGCCGACGCCUUUGGCAUACACGGCCUCUCCCAGAACUGGGGCACCAUGACCCUGGCGCCCGUCAUCUCCGGCAAUAUCUUCAACAUCUUGUACGGCCGUAUUUACGACAGCCACAGCAUCGUCGAAGACAACGGUGACCGCAACUGCGUGCUGGGCCGUGAGUGCUACGAGAGCGCCUAUGUCGUCACGUUGUUCGCCGCGGUGGGCGCCCUCGUCUUGAGCAGCUGGGCCGUGUGGCGGGACUGGCGGGAGAAGAAGCGGGACGGAAGGCGGCACGUUGUAGUGCGCGCUCGAGACCAUAAUGCCUGA